AUGUCGAAAACAAAGCAGCCUACAAGGGCUACGAAGAAGCAACAGAAGGAGUUAAAAACAACUCUUCACGACAAGAAGGUGGAUAAUGCUGAGAAGGCAGAGCAAACUCCUUCUCACGGAAGUGUUGAGCAGGAAUCUGUAGAUGGAGAAAAUGAGAACGUAGAAACCUUGAAGGGAUUUGAAUCUUCUGGGGACGAGGAUGAGGAAAGCGAUGUGGAAAUAGAUACUUCGAAUGGCGCUUCAAAGCCAAUUAUGGCAUUAGGAGACGAAAAGGAGAAAAAAAUAAAAAAAAGGUUUCAGAGAAGAAGGCUGAAAGGUUAUUUCUCUCAAUUUGGUACCGUUCUACGUCUCCGUUUAUCUCGUAGUAAAAAGACUGGCAAUAGCAAACACUAUGCUUUCAUUGAGUUUGAGUCUCUUGAUGUGGCCAACGUUGUUGCCGAGACUAUGCAUAACUACCUCUUAUAUGGACGAUUAUUGCAAUGCAAAGUGAUUCCGGCUGAUCAAAUUCACGAAGAAAUGUUCAAAGGUGCUUCCCAACCUUUCAAACGUAUUCCCCGUGCUACCAUUGCACGUUUAGAGCAUCAGAAACCUUUAACCGGUGAAAAGGUAAAGAAGCUGGUCUCUCGUCAUAACCGAAAGUUACAGUUAAAGAAACGAAAGCUCGAACAACUUGGUAUUACUCUCGAUUCAGAUGUAACACAGGCUAAAGCUGACGCUGUCAAAAAGGCUGCUCCUUCUAAGAAGUCUAAUAAGAAGAAAAAACAAAACAAACAGGUUUAG